AUGGUGGUGGCAGUGUGGAUCUGGGUCCUGGGCGCUUCCUUUCUCGGGAGCACCAUAGGGUCGCCAGAUGUGGAACCGACUCGUACUUGGGUUCCAGACAAUCCCAACGUCGGUCCCAAACUGGCCAACGAUCUGUGGUUCAGCCAGGUGAAGAAGCCAUUCCCCCACUGUGCCCAAUACAAGUUCCCCAUCAACACCAUUGUGAAGUGCUUGGACACGAAGGAGGGUGGUGAGUGCGAGGUCAGCUGCAUCGGCACGAAUCACUUCUUCGGCGAGCGCCAGAACGUCCGCAAGCUGAUCCUCUCCUGCCGCCGCGGUGCGUGGGGCAUCAAGAACGGACCCCCCACGGCGAGGACCAUCCAGCAUUGCGAUGGCGCCUGCACCUGCCGGAAUGGGGGAAUCUGCAAUGGGGAGAAGUUCUGUCACUGCCGUAAGGGAUACGGCGGAGACAGUUGCGAGAAGAACCAGGAGUUCGCCUGUCCGGAGCGACCGCCACAGCUUCCGAAAAACUCGAGGACCGUCUGUCGCGGGGACACCUGUGAGGUGCAGUGCUCCCCGGGAUUUGCCUUCUCCGACCAACGCACUCGAGUUCUUCUCAAGUGCAAGGGCACCAAGUACGUGGACAUGAGCGCGGAGUACUCCAAAAUGCCGGAGUGCGAGGCCACUUGUUCGCCCAUCUGCCUGAACGGUGGCAAAUGCAUAGCGGCCAAUGUCUGCGAGUGUCCACCAAAUUACCGAGGAAAACAGUGCCAAUUCGAGGCGUCCAGAUGCAAUUUGACGGGUUUCAAUGGCAACUUCCAGUGUGAUCAUGGACCGGAGCAGUCGGAGUGUCGUCUGAGCUGCCCGGCAUCUCCAGGAGUCAGUGUUCAGGGCACUUUGGUCUCACACUACGUCUGCGACUACGGAACGGGAAGAUUCGAGCCCACACCCUCUGCCAAGUGCCUAUAUCCUUCCCACCAAAAUAUUUCCCUACGAAUUACGACCUCUGGAACCCAGACCAACGGAACUGUGAUCAUUACGGGGAGCAAGGUACUUCCCUGGCCGGAUAACCUGAUCAGCAUCUGUGAUCGCUACAGGCAGUACGAGAACAGCAGCAACUGGAGGCCGGAGGAUCCAGAUUUGGAUGAUAUAGAUGGAGCCAGUCGACUGCGGGCGAAGCCCAAUAAGGAUGUGAUUGUGGCUCCAGUACCAACGGCCUGCAGCUCUUGGAACGGUCGCAACAUUCGCACCUUCGAUGGUUUACUGUACCGGCUGACGCUGAACUGCGCCCACACCUUGGUCAAUGACAGGAUAUACGGAGCGUUCCAUGUGUCUGUCAAGAGCCAGACGAUCGAAUCCCCGUUGACUCUUCAGAUCCAAUGGCAAUCCAUUCAGUAUACACUGGAGAACCUCAAUGGAAGUGUGGUUCUGUCCACCCCCGAAAAGCGCCUUCCACUCCCCGCCCAGGUGCUCGGAAUGAGGGUGGUACCUUUCUCCCAGCGCGUUGCAGUAGAUCUGGAGUCGGUGGGUCUGCGGCUGGUCUGGGAUCAUCACCAGCUUCUAUCCGUGCGCGCCAGCGUGGAUCUCUGGCAGAAGGUGGGUGGCCUUUGUGGUCACCUCGACGGGAAUAGUGACAACGACCUGAUGAGUCGAUCUGGAGCUGUAUCGCCAGCCUGUCGCACUUUCACCGACAGUUGGCGCACUGCGGAUCAGAACUGUCUGCCUGACCCGGAUGAUCAUUUGGAUCAGUGCCGCGGAGAACGUCACCUUGAGGCCGUGGAGAAGUGCCGCCAACUGCUGCAUAAUGUCCACCUGAAAAGCUGCCUGGAGAACUUAAACCAAGAGACUCUCCUGCGAACUUGUAUCAAGGAUCACUGUGGCUGUCCGAAGGGUCAAUCUUGCACGUGCAACUUCUUGCAAUCGCUGGUUGACGAGUGUCGGUUCAAGGGACUAGAGCCUGCUGUCAAGGAUUGGCGGAAUCUGCAGCUUUGUCCAAUUAGUUGCCCUGGGGGGCGCAUCUACCAGUCGUGCGGUCCUCAAUCCCAGCCGACCUGUGAAAACGAGGGAGUCACUAGCCCAGCUGAGUGUUUCGAGGGCUGCUUCUGCCCGAGUGGAAUGCUCCAGUACAAGGAUACCUGCAUUGACCGCAAAAUGUGCCCGUGUGAGCUGCGUGGCCGUGAGUUCCAGCCAGGUGAGACCUAUCAAAAGGAGUGCAACACGUGCACCUGUCAGGCCGGAAAGUGGGAGUGCAGCCAGGAGAAGUGCAACAAGCGCUGCACUGCUUUCGGGGAUCCCCACUAUCGCACCUUCGAUGGGAGGCGCUACGACUUUCAGGGACGCUGCCUGUACUACCUCUUGAAGACCGCCACCCGUUCCGUCGAAGGAGAGAACAUCGCCUGCUCUGGGGCCAUCGAUGAGGUGGUGGAGCCCUCUCCCACCGGACCAUCCUGCACCAGAUCGGUUACCAUCCGCUUCGGCCUGAAAGAAGGUGGACCCACUGUCAUCAAACUCUCCCAGAAACUACAGAGCUUUGUCAAUGGCGAGGUGGUCAGCCAACUGCCCUUGCAAUUGGGUGAUGGCGAGGUGGUACUCCGACUGGCCAGUCACCACAUGAUCACUGUGACUCUCGAAGAUGGGUUAGUGGUGUGGUGGAAUGGAGAGUCCACGGUGCACAUCGAUGCUCCUUAUAGCUACUACGACAGCACGGCUGGAUUGUGUGGCACCUUCAAUGACAACACCAAGGAUGACUUCCUAACGCCGGACGGAGACUACGAGCACACGGCCUUGGCCUUUGGCAGCAAGUGGCGCACCAGGGAGCUCUGCACGGAUCCAGAACCUCCGUUGACACCCUCGCCCUGCUCCGGUAAUCCCACCCGGCUGGCAGCGGCGGAGGAACUCUGUUCCGUCCUCCGAGGGGACACCUUUAAGCCAUGCCACUGGGCCGUAGAUCCCAGUGGACAUUAUGAGGACUGCAUUGCCGACAUUUGCGCCGCCAAGGAUGUGAAUCCCAUUAACGCAAACAAAGCCCUUUGUGAACUGCUCUCUGAUUAUGCCGAUCUUUGCGUGAGGAAUGGGAUUAGGACCAGUUGGAGGCAGGCCAUCAGGCAGUGCUCCAUCAAGUGCCCAGAUGGACAGGAGUACGAUGAGUGCGGCGACUCCUGCGCCUUGAGCUGCUUUGACCUGCAGCACCGGGAUCAGUGCAGGAGGCAGUGCGUAGAAGGCUGUCGCUGUCCCAAGGGUCACUUCCUUAGCGAGCAGCAGGAGUGUGUUCCGCAGAGAUCCUGUUCCUGCUACUACGAUGGACUCAGCUUCCCGCCAGGCUACAAAGAGGUGCGUCCUGGCGCCAGGUUCCAGCAGUUGUGCACCUGUGCGGAUGGCCUUUGGCACUGCCAGGAUGCGGACAAGAAUGAUGUUCUGGUGCACCCACCACUGGGUGAUCUUCGCAAGAAGUGUGCCCGUAGUCCGUACGCCAAGUUCGUGAGUUGUGCACCCAAGGAGCGGAGGACCUGCAAGAACAUGCAUAGCUUUGGCUUGCCGGAAACCAGCCCCUGCCAUCCGGGAUGUGUUUGCGAGGAUGGCUUCGUGUACGACGUGACCCGGCAGCAGUGCGUCGCGCCGGAGAAGUGCUCAUGCUUUCAUGCUGGGAGGAGCUUCGAUGACGGGGACACCUUCCAGGAGCAGUGCAACCAGUGCGUCUGCCAGGGCGGCUCCUGGAAGUGCACGCGGAACGAGUGCGAGGCCACCUGCAGCGUGUGGGGCGACUCGCACUUCAGUACCUUCGAUGGCUUGGACUUCGACUUCCUGGGCGAAUGUGACUACGUUUUGUCCAAGGGUGUGGAUGCCCAGGGCAGUGGUUACUCGAUCGUCAUUCAGAAUGUUCUAUGUGGAUCUUCGGGGGUCACCUGUUCCAAGUCCCUCGAGGUCUCCCUGAACCGUAAGGGCGGAUCGGAGCAGCUAAAACUGAGUUCUGGCGGAGUCUAUGGCACGGAUAAUGGCACUUCUACCAUAGCACGUCUUCGCAAGCAGAUCAGUUCGCAAGAGUCAAGUUCCUUCCACGUCUACAAAGCGGGGCUGUUCCUGGUAGUCGAGGUGGUCUCCCUGCGCCUCCAAAUCAAAUGGGACGAGGGCACCCGGGUCUACGUGAAGCUGGGAAACGAGUGGCGUGGGCGGGUGGGUGGAUUGUGUGGCAACAACAAUGGCAACAGCCUGGAUGACUUCAAAUCCCCCUCCGGAGGCCAGGAGGCAGAGCCCACGCUCUUUGGCCACUCGUGGCGAACGCACCAGCAGUGCGAGCUGCCGCUGCAGCUCUUCGACUCCUGCCACCGGAAUGGCCAACGACGAUCGUGGUCCGAGGGCAAGUGCAGCAUCCUGAAGUCCCCCCUGUUCGCCGCCUGCCAUGUCCAGGUGCCACUGGAUCGCUACCUGAAGCGCUGCGUCUUCGACACCUGUGCCUGCGACCAGGGAGGCGACUGUGAGUGCCUCUGCACCGCGGUGGCUGCCUACGCGGAUGCCUGUUCCCAAAGGGGUAUCAACAUCCGGUGGAGAACUCCCCAUUUCUGCCCCAUGCAAUGCGACACCAAGUGCUCGGAUUACAGCGCCUGUACGCCGGCUUGUCCUCCGGAGACGUGCGACAACCUCCUCGACCAGGGUGCCUCUGCCCGGCUGUGUCACCACGAGAACUGCGUGGAGGGCUGCCUGGUGAAGCCGUGUCCACUGAACCACAUCUAUCUCAACGACAGCUACACCACCUGUGUGCCCCGGACGGACUGCAAGCCCGUGUGUCUGGUCAGGAAUGACAUCACCUACUUCGAGGGCGACGUGACCUACAGCGAUGAUUGUGCCACCUGUCGUUGCUCCAAGAAGAAGGAGGUGUGCAGUGGGAAAACCUGUCCACCCACCACCACUGAAAAGCCACCAAUUACGGGGACAGAAGAUCCGAAAGAUCCCUUUGGCAGGAACUGCGUUAACGGCUGGACACGCUGGUUGGAUCGGGGUUCCAGCCUGGGCGGAAUAAACUUGAACGAUCUGGAACCUCUGCCAAAUUUCGAUGCCCUUGAGAACAUCUAUGGCACCUGCGAUCGGAGGUUCCAGAAGGACAUCCAGUGCCGCGUAAAGGACACCAAGCAGUCCUACGAACUGGUGAAUGACAAUGUGUCCUGUGAUCUCAGCCGUGGCUUGGUUUGUGUGGGCAAGUGCCACGACUACGAGAUCCGUGUCUACUGCGACUGCGACGAGUAUGGAAUCACCACAGCGAGACCUCCUCCUCCGCCACCGGUGCUGGAUGAGAAGUGUGAUCCUUCACAGCAGAUCUUUAAGGAGUAUCCCGGGGAUUGCUUCAGGUAUCUGCGUUGCGAGCACAUCCCAGGAAACUCCAACUGGCACUGGGUGCCCGGAUCCUGUGGCGUCCAGAUGAUGUAUAAUCCCGUGAUUGGGGCCUGUGAUCACAUCUCCACGGUCAGCCGACUGAAGCCCCAAUGUGGCAAGGGUAGGGAUCGCUGCCGGGAUGAUGAGGAGUGGAACGACUGUGCCAAUCAGUGUGAGCACACCUGCCACUUCUACGGACAGCAAUUGCUCCGGCGGGGUCUUUGUAGUCCUGGAGAGCACUGCCGACCGGGAUGUGUGCCCAAGAAGCGUCCGGAUUGUCGGGCUCUGGCCAAACUCUGGCGCGACGAGAAUACCUGUCCUCACGGGAUCAUAUCCACGGAUCUGGAUGACUGCCAGUGUGUGUUUAACCAGUUUGUAUGCGUCCCGAAGAAAACCACCACGGAACUCCCCCCCAUUGGAGGUCGUUCCACCACCACGCCCUUGCCCACCAUACCGACCACCCUAACACCUCCUAUUCUGUGUCCAAGCAACAGCAUGGUGCGCCUGUUUACGAGCGAGCAAGCUGUUCCCGAUUCCGCAUUCUCUGGCUCAAGCAUCCUGGAUUCCAACUAUGCAGCCCAUCAUUCCCGUCUGCACCGCAAGCCCAAGCUUAAUUCCGGAGCCUGGACUCCCAGGAUCAGUGAUCAGACACAAUAUCUACAGUUGAACUUCGAGAGGCCACUCGCUCUCUAUGGCUUACUCAUCGCUGGCGAUCCCCACCUGGACCACUAUGUGACCCUCUUCAAGCUGGUCUACAGCCUGGAUGGCGAGGGCUACCAUGAACUCAUUGGCCAAGAUGGGCAGCCCCAGACGAUGGUGGGGCCCAAGGACUCUCGGCUGCCCAGAGCUCAUGUUUUCCAGCGACCGAUUGAGGCCAAGUCCAUAAGACUGUAUCCUCUGAGGUGGCACAACUCCAUUGCCAUUCGAUUCGAUCUCUUGCUGUGUAACCAUGUGCCCACCACCACGCCGCCAACGUUAGACAGGACCACUCCAAUUCCACCCACGCGACCGCCCAUCGAUGACCUGAUUUGCAAGGAUCCUCUAGGCGUGGACAGUGGAGCACUGCAGGUCCACCAGGUUUCCUCCAGCAGCAUCUGGCUUUCGUCUCAGCUGGACAGUGAUAAGGGUCUUCUGGACUUGCUCCGAUUCCGAUCCAAGUUGGGAUGGCGACCACUGGCCAACAAGCAGGACGAAUUCGUUGACUUUGACUUCCUGGAGCCCCGCAACGUGACUGGAAUUCAGACCCGAGGAGGAGCCUACGGAUGGGUCACCUCGUAUCGCGUGCUCUUCUCCUCGAACAAGUUGGUGUGGAACGAGCUGCAGGGUUCACAGGGAGAGAGUCACAUCUUCGAGGGCAACCAGGAUGGCAAUAGCAUCCGCACAAACGCUUUCCCUCGACCACUGGUGACGCGUCAUCUGCGUUUGGUGCCCACGUCAUGGGAUCAAAACAUCAACUGGAGGAUUGAGCCCAUUGGAUGCUUUGAGCCUUACCCUAAUAACACCCAGGUGAGGCCUCCUCCAACUCAGGUGUGCAAUCUCUGCGAGGGAAUCGAGCUAAACAGCACCGUGACCAGGUGUCCCUGUAUCGAUGGCCUUUUCUGGACGGGUUCCAAGUGCGUGGAGCGGAAUCUUUGCCCCUGCUUAGAUAUUUAUACCCCCUAUCCAAUUGGAUCCAAGUGGGAGAACUCGGACUGCGAGGAGUGCGUCUGUCUGUUGGGCGGAGUUAUCAACUGCAAGACCACCAAUUGCCCGAGGUGUCCUGACCACAUGAGGAGUGUCCGAAAGGGUUGUCGCUGCGAGUGCCAACUGUGCCCGCCGACCACUCGCCUCUGCCCCACCAGCGGGGAUUGCAUACCCUCCGAGUGGUGGUGCAAUGGAGUGCAGAACUGCGCCGAUGACGAGGACGAGUCCUGCGAUCCGACACGUACUCGUACCACUGUGAGGCCACCCACCACAAAAAAACCUUUGGUGUGUCCACCCGUCGCCUGUCCUCCUGGUUACACUGUGAAGAUCAGGGGCAAACUACCCAUUGCCCUUUCUGAAAUGCUUUUAAUUUCCGAGGAUCCCACGGAGGAUGGAUCCUUGGACCCGCUUAAUGAUUGGUUGGAGCCUUUGCAAUCCUCCGUACAGCCAGAAAUUGCUGGAGCAGCACUGCGGUUUGCUGGGAGUUUUGCAGCUAAGUAUGGACCUAAGCUGUGGAAAGUGGUUAAGAAAUUAGGAGCCAAGUUGGGCAGUAAAAUCAGAGAUGUUAUAAUCGAAAAGUUCGGCGAAAAAGUGGCCGAAAAAAUCGAUGAACUAACGUCGAAGAAGAAGUCGCACACCUUGACCCUCCAACGUCUGGAGUUAAAUGAGCUCCCCCUAGUUCCUGCUAAACCACAACUGGAGCAUUCUACCGUGGAUCAGGAAGCCAUCGAUGAACUUUUGGUCAUUCUGGGCGUUGAACCUCAUGAGAUUCCCGACUUUAACGGCGACUGGGAUGCGUUCCUUGCUGAUGACGACGAAGACAGCGACACGAAUCAAGACGAAAUCGAUGAUUUAUUGAGUCUUAUGGGUAUUGCUUAUCAAGAAAGUCUUGAUUUUUCGGAUCAUGGAGCGGAGGAAACGCUGGACACCGAAACGAAGUUUGUGCUAAAUGGAGCUGGCGUGUCAAAUAAAAGUCCGUAUGGAUUGGAUUACCAACUAACCUCUGGGUUAUGGAAUGGUUACCAGCAAAGGGAAAUGCUUAAGCUGAAGGAUCCGCAGGACUUUGAGCUGUGCGACGCCUUCUGUUGUGUUCCCCAAAGGAAUGUGUCCUGUGAGGAUCCCCAGUGUCCAACGGGCUUGGAACCAGUUUUGGAUACGACCAGUCUAGGAACUGGCAAGUGCCCUACUUUCACCUGCCGUCGCCCUAGAAUUCCAGACGACACCUGUGACAUCACUGGCCGAAUCUUUAGGACCUUCGAUGGCACUGUCUAUAAGUACGACUUAUGCAGUCACACCUUGGCGCGGGAUUCACAGGACAAACGGUGGACGAUCAGUAGCCAACUCCAGUGCGCUCCCGAUCAGCCCAGUUGCGGCGUCAAGUCCCUGAUCAUUAGCGAUGAAGAGCAGGGAGUGACCAUAACCAUCCUGCCCAAUCAGCGGGUGAUCUACAAUAACUUCGAGUUCAGUGCCCACGAUCUGGCGCUGGUCAGGAUUGUUCGACGCUCCUUCGUGAUCAGUCAGAUAGGCGCUACCAUUGUGGUGGUGAGCCGACGUCACAAAUUCUGGGUGCAGUACGCCGCCAGUGGGAACAUUAGGAUCGGAGCUUCCCAAGUGCUCAUGGGACGCGUGGAGGGUUUGUGUGGUUUCUACAAUGGUCAGGUGGAUGAUGAUAGGCGCACGCGAACGGGUCUGCAUGUGAUCAGCACCACAGACUUUGGGGAUUCCUGGUACGAUAGGAAACUCCCGCUGGAUAAGUGUCAUCCGCAGGUGUGUCCACUGGAUCUACAGCAAAGGGCGCUGCAAAUGUGCCAGGUUGUGAGACAUCCUUCCUUUGGAGGCUGUGGGACAUCCGUAAAUAUCGAAGACUUUCUGGCCAAGUGCGUGGAGACAACCUGCGAGUGUCUGAAAUCUAAUGGAGGAGCCGAGGGCACCUGUCGCUGCGAUCUUCUCCAGCAAUUUGUGGGCCAGUGCCUGGCGUUUAAUCGGAAUGUAUUACUGACCAGCUGGAGGAGCAUCCACCAAUGCGAACCCACCUGUAAACCGCCUCUGGUGCACCAUGACUGUCACCGCCAGCGGUGUGAGCCACAAUGCUCCCUGCCCAACCACUCCUCCUCCCUAGUGUGCCCCACCAUACCGAACACCUGCUUCUCCGGCUGCUUUUGCCCAGAGGGAACCGUCCGCCGGGGGGAUAACUGUGUGCCCCUGGAUGACUGCAAGGAUUGCAAGUGCAGAGUGUUUGGCCUCAAUAAGUUCGUCACCUACGAUGGCAGUAGCUUCAGUUUCAAGGGCAAGUGCACUUAUCUGGUGACUAGGGACCUCCUCCUGCCGGGAAGCUAUAACUUCCAGGUGUACGCGACCAUAGAACCGUGUGGCCUGACCAAGGACCAGAGCUGCGUGAAUGCUCUCCACGUUACGGCCGGAGAACACACCCUGCACAUCGAGCGCCAUGGCAACGAAGUGAAGCUACUGGCCGAUGGGUACCUGGUGUCCCUGUGGCCCCACCAGUCGCCCUGGCUGAGGAUUAACCAGCCCGGGGAGCAGGAUCUGAUUGUGCAGCUACCACAGGCUAAGCUGGAACUGGUGGUUAACCUGAACACUCUACAAUUCCAGAACUACGUGGUAGAGCCAGGGUCUAUAAGUCACUGA